GUGUGCUCCGUGAGCAAAUCUCUUGGACUCAUGGAGAUACUUUACAUUUCAACACCUAAGACAUUUGAUGAGGCCACCACCGAGUGCGCAGGUAGAGGCAGCAUUCUGGCCAAUCUCCAGAGCAUAAACCAUACAGAGUGCGCAGGGUCAGUGCUUGGACCACGAAAUGGUCAAUGCAACAGUUCCUCAGGUGAUAACUGCAGGAAUGCCUCGUCCGGCUGCGAAAGCAAUACUUGCAAUGUGUGGGUUGCUCUACAACGACCAUCUAAAAAAUGGACAUGGGUGUUGCCUGUUCCAUCCAUACCGAGUACAAUUCCAUGGAGAAAUUCAACAACAGGAGGUAGUGGAGAGCGAAAAUGUGGUUAUUAUUCACCUGAAGAAGAGGGUUUCGGAAUCGAUUCUUGCACAAUGAAGCUAAGUUUCUACUGUCAAAGAUAUACACCAAAUGCGCCUUCCAAUAUUACUGUCAACUCCACGGAAACUGAGAUCUCGGCAAGGAUAUUGCAGCCACACAUACUUCUGGAGUGGAUAACUGGAUUCUGCUUUGCGUACGGGAAAAACAGCACAAAUUUCACGACUUCAGUCUGUGACACAAAUGUAUCCACGGUUUUCGGAAAACUAAGUUCCAACACGUUAUACCGAGUCCGAGCAUUUUACAACACUACGAUCGGAAUACACAGCAGCGUGUCUCCAGAAGUCUACAUUGGAACAUUGCCAAAAGCACCAAAACCGCCUCUGGAAAUGAGCAUCUUCAGUUCUGCGAUCACCGUGCUGCUAAGUCCGAUGGAAGUAGGCAGCCUACCCAUACUUCAGUACUGUGCGUACGGAAAACCAGCUAUUGAUCAGAAUGGGAAUCUGCCGUCGGUGUCAGCAUGCAGCGUUUCUAAUAGAGUCACCUUAACAGGUUUGACUAUAAACACCACCUACAUCAUCAGUACGUAUAAUAGCAAUGAAUACGGAGAUAGUGAUCAGUCCAUAUCCAUUCGCAUCACCACUUUGCCUCCAGUGAAAUGGGAUGCGUGUGCUCAAACCAGCACCAGCACUUGGCAAGUCGAUUGGACUUUUCAAGAUGACCACAAAACCUGGAAAGACGCCAACAUAUCCUGUAGGUUCUUUGGCGGAUCACUGGCUACUGUCCAGACAAUGGCUCAGCUGCAGUGUGCUAACCGGACCGCAGAAGGAUUAUCCGCCACGUGGGUAGGCCUGACUGGUACAUGGAGCGCCGGAAACUGGACUGCUUGGAAAUGGGAAGCUGCAUUGUCGGCCGUUACGGCGCAACUUCCAUGGGGAUCAAAAUUUCCAGCGACUCGGGAUGAUUACAUAUACGGAUACUAUCAGCCAGACAUUUUCAGAUUACGGAACUGGGACAACAACCAUAGACUUCGGUACCUCUGUAAACGAUAUGUGCCUAAAAAAAACUGGUACGUAUGUUCACAGGGCCAAGAAGCAUCGGGAAGACUCGAGACACUUUAUAUUGCCAAACCUAACAUAUACGAAGAUGCGUCUGCUGAGUGUGCCCGGCGAGGUAGCAUUCUGGCGAAUAUCCAGAAUAGAUAUCAUGCCGAGUGUGCAGGAGACCUGCUUGGACCCCGAAACGGUCAGUGCAACAGUUCUUCCAGUGAUAACUGCACGACUUCCUCGUACCUCUGCAAAACCAAUACAUGCAAUGUAUGGGUUGCUCUUCAACGACCAUCUCAAUCCAAAACCUGGACAUGGAUGCUACCGGUUCCAAUCUCAGCAAACAAUGUUUCUUGGAUUACUGCACCACUGGAAGGAGGAGGUGGACGAAACGAAUGUGGCUAUUAUUCUCCAGAGAAGGAGAGCUUUGGAAUCGAAUCUUGUUCAAUGAAGCUAAGUUUCUAUUGCCAAAGAUAUACACCAAAUGCGCCCUCAGGCAUAGCUGUCAACUCUACGGACACUGAAAUAGCUGCACGCAUAUUGCAACCACAGAUACUAAGAGAUUGGGUGUCAGAAUUCUGCUUUGUGUACGAAAAGAAUGGCACUGCGGCAGCGUCCACUGUAGUUUGUACAAACAAGGAGUCAACCGUUUUAUCAGGCCUGGCACACAACACUUUGUACAUGGUCAGAGCAUUCUCUAAAACAACGAUCGGACACAAUAGUAGCAUGUCCCCUGAAGUCUAUAUUGGGACACUGCCUAAAGCACCAACAACUGAUCAAGUCGACGCAACAAGUGGCUACCAAGCCGCAAGCCGCUCCAAAUCUGCAGCGAUAAUUGCGGGAGGGUCAAGCGCAGGACUGCUGGUGCUGGCUGCGACAGUUUUUCUGCUAUGGAAAUUAAAGUUGACACCCGCGAAACCUAAUCCUGUGCUGACUAACUGCGAACUGGACGAAAGAACUCAAUCUGUUUCCCAUGAUGAUGAACAUGAUUUGGUUCAGAACACGUGCACUAGUAUGGAUCCCAAUGAGGCGUACGAGAGCUGGAUUCUGGCUAGGAAUGAUGCAUAUGGCUGUGUGGAUUUGCGCGAGAAUGGUGUUCUUCGUGCCGGAUGUGGAGCUGGGCGUGCCGAGGAAGGGGGACCGGCCACAGAAGAAGAGCAUACUUAUGUCAGCGUCCAAUAACGCCAAAUGUUUUUCACAGCCCAGGAAUUUUUUCAUUUUUACCGAAUGAUACAUACGCUCAACGAAAUGCAAAUGAUACAGUAGCAUUUAACUCUGUUGUUGAGCCAAUAGUAAUAUGUAAAGAGAAAAAGGACCUAUCAGUUACUAGCUAUGACUAACAGUCCACAAAGGUAAAGAGAUAAUAUACAGCCAGGUGAGGUGUCAGGUCAGUGUCAUGUCGUAGAAUGUUUCAAUAUACUU